CUUAGACCAGCACAGCUCAGCCGGGCGGAGGUGGCAGAGGCUGCGGCAGCGAGCGCUGCCCCCUGUCACCCGCUGCCGGCACACCCCGGCUGCGUUACGGAGAGCCGGCCGGAAUCCCAGCCAGCGAGGGAAGGCGCCCGCCCCGCACUUCGCCGCUCUCCGCGGGGAAUCGCCCGCAACACCCGCCGCGACACCGAUACCGACACCGCAUCCGCCGCCGCCGCGCCAUGGCGCUCGCAAGGCAAGUGCUUUGUGUCUCUGCUUUCCUGUGGCUGCCGCUCGCUCGCGCCGAGCCCAUCCGCUACUCCGUAGCCGAGGAGGCGGAAAGCGGCUCCGUGGUGGGCGAGCUGGCGGAGGAUGCGGGGCUGACGCCGGCGCAGCUCUCGGCUCGCCGCGCCCGCCUGCUCUCGGAGGACGGCCGGCAGCAUUUUCGCUUAGAGCGCGCCUCCGGCCGCCUCGUCGUGGCGGGGAGGCUGGACCGGGAGGAGCUGUGCGCCCAGUCCGCCACCUGCAUGCUCCCCUUCGAGCUGCUCCUCUCCAAUCCCCUCCAGUUCUUUCGGGUCGAGGUGACUCUGGACGAUAUCAAUGACCAUUCCCCUAUUUUCCGAGAAGACCGAGUCACUUUUAGGAUCCCUGAAACGAGCAUGCCGGGUUCACGUUUCCCGCUGGAGGGGGCUCGGGACCUCGACCUUGGCAGAAACACGGUCCAGGAGUACAAUAUCUCUCCCGAGAACGAGUACUUUAGUGUCUCCUAUGGAAGUCGGAGUGAGGAUGACAAAUAUCUUGAACUUGUCUUAGAAAAGCCACUAGACAGGGAGGAGCAGGCAGAGAUGAGGUUCAAUAUUAUUGCUGUAGAUGGGGGCUCUCCUCCCAGAAGGGGGACCACAGAAGUGAUAGUUGUCAUCCUAGAUGCAAAUGACAAUGCUCCCAUAUUCACACAGGAGGUGUACAUUGCAAAGCCUUUGGAGAACAUGCCAGAAAAUGCUGUGGUUCUGACUGUUAGGGCAACUGAUCAGGAUGCAGGAAUGAAUGGAGACAUCUCCUAUCAACUGAGCCAGGCAGUGGAAGAGAGCGAAUCAGCAUUUGUGAUUGAUCCCAUAACUGGUGAAAUUAAACUCAAAAAACCUCUGGACUUUGAGGCUGCAAAGCAUCAUGAACUCCGUGUGAGAGCCACAGAUGGAGGGGGCCUCUCAGCAAUCUGCAAAGUGUUGGUGGAGGUGGUGGACGUGAAUGACAAUGCCCCGGAGCUGGUGGUCAGUUCCUUCAGCAGUCCCCUCCCCGAGAACACAGUGCCCGGCACGGUGGUUGCCCUGUUCACGGUCAGGGACCGGGAUUCUGGUGCCAACGGGAAGAUCUCCUGUGCCCUGGAGGAUCAGCUCUUCUUCUCCCUGCGGCCAGCCUAUAAGAAUUACUACGAGCUGGUGACAGUGAGCGCGCUGGACCGCGAGGAGACGCCUCAGUACAUGCUCAGGGUCACGGCAGCAGAUGCGGGCUCGCCCCCUCUCACAACCACGCACACCUUCACCGUGGACAUCUCGGACGUCAAUGACAAUGCGCCCGUCUUCAACCAGACCUCCUACACCAUGUACGUGCGUGAGAACAACGUCGCCACGGUGUUUGUAGGAGCCGUGAGCGCUGCAGAUGCUGACGUGGGGCUGAAUGCCAAGGUGACCUAUUGGCUGGCAGCAGAGCAAGGGCCGGAGCGGGCCUGGUGCUCCUGCAUCUCGGUGAACUCGGAGAACGGACACGUGUUUGUGCUGCGGCCCCUGGACUACGAGCACUUGAGGCAGAGCGAGGUGACGGUCAGUGCCUCUGACGCGGGCUCUCCUCCCCUCAGGGCCAACGUCACCGUCCGCCUUGUGGUGCUGGACGAGAACGACAACGCACCGCUCGUGCUCUACCCGGCCCAGGAGAGCAGCCCGGCCUCCAGCGAGCUGGUGCCCGUGUCGGCCGAGGCGGGCUACCUCAUCAGCAAAGUGGUGGCCGUCGAUGCCGACUCGGGACAGAACUCCUGGCUCUCCUACCACCUGCUGAGGGCCACCGAGCCGGGGCUCUUCUCCGUGGGCCUGCAGAGCGGCGAGGUGCGUCUGAGGAGGCCGGUGACAGAGAGAGACAGCGUCAAGCAGAAGCUCCUUGUGCUGGUCCGAGACAACGGGCAGCCCCCGCUCUCAGCCACGGCAGCUCUGAGCGCUCUCCUGCUCAAGGACUUCUCCGACGUGCGCCUCCCUCAGGGCAGCCCGGCCACCGAGGAUCAGGACGCCUCCCUGACCACCUACUUAAUCCUUGCCUUGGUCUUUGUCUCCCUCCUCUUCCUCAUCUCCACCGCAGUCCUGCUGGCUCGCAAGGUGUGCCGGAGGAAGGAGCUGAAGGCCGGCCAUGUGCUCUAUGCUGCCGACACCUUGCAGAGCGGCCUGGCCGAUGCAGCCGCCGCAGGGACCCUGCCCCGCCCCUAUUGCUACGAGAUCAGCCUCACAACGGGCUCGGGCAACAGCGAGUUCAGAUUCCUCAAGCCCAUCCUGCCCAGCCUGCCCCCACAGCACUGCGCCCUGGGCCAGGGCCCCGAUGAGGAACAGGAUUUCCCCGCUGUCCCUGUCAGCACCGAGGACAUGGCCCCAGACAAUGCUGGCACUCUCUCUGCAGGACAGUUCAACGCUCUUUCCUUCAACUAGCUGGGGGCUGCACAGCCAGAGGCUUCAUGGCUCUUGGGAGGAGGGGAUCCAUUCUGCAGCAAGUUGCAAUGUUUCUUCCGUAGAAAAUAUGUUCCCUGCUGUCAUAUGCAAUUGCCUGCAAAUUCUUAAUAAGGCAGAAAUUUGUCUUCCUCUCCAGAAACAUAAAUCAGGAACAAAAGAUACUCACAUUCACUCCCUCAGAAAAUAGUAUACUUCACCUCUUUCACAACCAUUUUUGAUAGUCUUUUUUAAUGUAUUCCCAGCUAUGCUUUUGUGUCUCUUUUUUUCAGAGCAGACCUUGGACUUCUUAUUCCUUGCUAUAGCUCGUUAGCACUGUUGCACGGACAAAUCUCAGACUUGCUGAAAUUACAGAAAGCCUUUUCCCAGAAAAGCAAAGUGUUUCUGAAUACUGUUUCAUGAUGUUCUAUUAGCUUGGGGCUUUUUCUCUCUGGGGUUUUGGAUUUCUCUGUCUGAAAUGUGUGGGCUCUGUCUGUUACACUUUCUUCUCAGAAGGUUUGUCUAUAUGACCAUUGUGCAUCUGCAGAUGCUUUAAUAGUGCUGCCCACUGAAAGGGUGAAUUUUCCCAUUGCCAUUAAGGCAAUUCCAGGUCUGUGGGAAAAUAGACUGGAGUUUUGAUCCUUCCAGGGCAGAGCAGAGCACACUAAAACACAGCAGAGCAGCAAAAUGUACAACAAAAUCUUCCCUUGGCCUAUAAGUGUACAUUUGGUGUUCUGUCUCUUUGAAAUAUCCUUGGAAGUGCAGCAGUGUCAGGUCAAGCUGGUUUUAGACAGGGUAUAACUGUACAGAGUUAUGAAUAUGAAUUAAUCAUCUUUGGGGACAAGAAAAUGCUACAUGUCUAUCAAAGAAUUUUCUGAAGGUAAAAUCAA